CGCGGACAGCUAUUUUAAGCUGAAUUGGGCAUUUUCGUCAUUUCAGCAGGCGAAAUCCAAUUUAAAUAGAGGAGCUCGGCCUUGGAAGCCUCACAAUUCAGAUUAUCUUCAAUCGAUAGAAGUCCUCAGAAGCAUUCUUUCUCUCUCUUAAGAUGCAAAUCUUUGUGAAAACCCUUACUGGCAAGACCAUCACCCUUGAGGUGGAAAGCUCAGACACUAUUGACAACGUAAAAGCCAAAAUUCAGGACAAGGAAGGGAUUCCCCCUGAUCAGCAGAGGUUGAUCUUUGCUGGCAAACAGUUGGAAGAUGGCCGUACCCUUGCGGACUAUAACAUUCAAAAGGAGUCAACCCUCCACUUGGUUCUCCGUCUUAGAGGUGGAAUGCAAAUCUUUGUAAAGACACUCACUGGCAAGACAAUCACUUUGGAAGUGGAGAGCUCAGACACCAUUGAUAACGUAAAAGCUAAGAUCCAGGACAAGGAGGGCAUUCCCCCAGAUCAGCAGAGGCUUAUCUUUGCUGGCAAACAGCUUGAGGAUGGCCGUACCCUUGCCGACUACAACAUCCAGAAGGAGUCCACCCUCCACUUGGUGCUACGUCUAAGAGGUGGCAUGCAGAUCUUUGUGAAGACCCUCACCGGGAAGACCAUCACCUUGGAAGUUGAGAGCUCCGAUACAAUAGACAAUGUCAAGGCCAAGAUCCAGGACAAGGAGGGCAUUCCCCCGGACCAGCAGAGGCUCAUCUUUGCAGGCAAACAGCUCGAGGAUGGCCGCACCCUUGCCGACUACAACAUCCAGAAGGAAUCCACCCUCCAUUUGGUGCUUCGUCUCAGAGGUGGUAUGCAGAUCUUUGUGAAGACCCUCACUGGCAAGACCAUCACCUUGGAAGUUGAGAGCUCCGACACAAUAGACAAUGUCAAGGCCAAGAUCCAGGACAAGGAGGGCAUUCCCCCGGACCAGCAGAGGCUCAUCUUUGCAGGGAAGCAGCUUGAGGAUGGCCGCACCCUUGCCGACUACAACAUCCAGAAGGAGUCCACCCUCCACUUGGUGCUUCGUCUCAGAGGUGGUAUGCAGAUCUUUGUGAAGACUUUGACAGGGAAGACCAUCACCCUGGAGGUAGAGAGCUCUGACACAAUAGACAAUGUGAAGGCUAAGAUCCAGGACAAGGAGGGCAUUCCCCCGGACGACAAGGAGGGCAUUCCCCCGGACCAGCAGAGGCUCAUCUUUGCAGGGAAGCAGCUUGAGGAUGGCCGCACCCUUGCCGACUACAACAUCCAGAAGGAGUCCACUCUCCACUUGGUGCUUCGUCUCAGAGGCGGUAUGCAGAUUUUUGUGAAGACUUUGACAGGGAAGACCAUCACCCUGGAGGUGGAGAGCUCUGAUACCAUUGACAAUGUGAAGGCUAAGAUCCAGGACAAGGAGGGAAUUCCCCCGGACCAGCAGAGGCUCAUCUUUGCAGGGAAGCAGCUGGAAGAUGGCCGAACUUUGGCAGAUUACAACAUCCAGAAGGAGUCCACUCUGCAUCUUGUCCUCCGUCUCCGUGGAGGCUUCUAAUGUUGUGCUAACGCGUUUCACUUUUAAACUAUGGGUCUUGCAGACUGUUUUUCAUGGGUCACACUGUUGUAUGGUUGUGGGCAUUGUUAAAUGGAUUUGAAUAAGUUGAACUCUUUUUGAAAUGGCCUGUUAUGUGUUCCCUGGCCAUUGUUGCUUUUAAAUUUCAGACUUUUGUUUUAGUAAGUUUGUCUUGCUAUCAAGUUGAAUUCUACUAUUUUAUAACAUCUUGCGUUUUAUUGUGUUUC